UGUAAGGUAUGUAAGAAUUUAUUUGAAUGAAAGAACACUUUAAACAUGAAUAUGCUUACUCCAGCAGGAAAGAAACUUCACAUAUGUGAAGUAUGUAACAAGUCAUUCAGUCAAAAAAGGUAUUUAAACACUCAUAUACGUGUUCAUACUGGAGAGAAACUUUAUGUGUGUAAGUUAUGUAAUAAGUCAUUUGUUCAAAAGAUUGGUUUAAACAACCAUAUGCUUAUUCACACAGGAGAGAAACCUUAUGUUUGUGAGGUAUGUAAUGGGUCAUUUACUCUGAAACAUCAUUUAAACAAACAUAUACUUAUUCACACAGAGGAGAAACCUCAUGUGUGCCAGGUAUGUAACAAGUCAUUUACUCAAAAAGUUAAUUUAAACAGACAUAUACUAAUUCACACUCAUGUGUGUGAGAUAUGUAACAAGUCAUUUGCUGAAAAAAGUAAUUUAAAAUGCCAUGUGCUUAUUCACAUAGGAGAGAAAACUCAUGUGUGUGACAUAUGUAACAAGGCAUUUACUCGGAAAGCUCAUUUAAACAGACAUAUACUUAUUCACACAGGAAAGAAACCUUAUAUGUGUGAGCUAUGUAAUAAGACAUUUACUCAAACAACUAAUUUGAAAGACCAUAUGCGUAUUCACACAGGAGAGAAACCUUAUGCUUGUGAGUUGUGUAACAAGUCAUUUAUUGUUAAAAGUUAUUUAAAUUUACAUAUGCGCUUUCACACAGGAGAAAAACCCCACGUCUGUGAGAUAUGUCAUAAAUCAUUUACACAAAAAUGCGAUUUAAAAACCCAUAUGCAUAUUCACACAGGAGAGAAACCUCAUGUGUGUGAUGUAUGUAACAAAUCAUUUGUUAAAAAAUGGAAUUUACAGAACCAUAUGCUUAUUCACACACGAGAAAAACCUCAUGUGUGUGAUGUAUGUAAUAAGUCAUUUAGAGAAAAAAGUCAUUUAAAAACCCAUAUACUUAUUCACACAGGAGAGGAACCUCCAUCAUGUGUGUUAGGUACGUAACAAAUCAUUUUUUCCAAAGAGUUGUUUAAACAUCCAUAUUUACACAGGAGGGAAAUCUCACGUGUGCGAGAUUUGUAAUAAGUAAGUUACUGAAAAAAGUCAUUUAAAAGACCAUGUGCCUAUACACAGGGGAAAGAAACCUCAUGUGUGUAAAAAGUCAUUUGCUUAAAGAGCUCAGUUCGACAAACAUAUACUUAUUCACACUCGACAGAAAUUUCAUCUUUGUGAGGUACUUAAUAAGUUGUUUUCUCAAAAAUCUAAAUUAAGAAAGCAUAUACUUAGUGACACCAGAGAGAAACUCCAAUAGUUACAUACGUAACAAAUCACUUAAAUGACAGAAAAUUUGAAAGACGCUUGUCUGCAGAUUAUAGAAGGCUAGUGUGUUUUGUGAAAAAAUUUGAUUAUUAAGAACCUUUAUUUACCUGUGCAGUAAUCACUUGUUCAUGCUAUAAAGGAAUGACUUUGUAUGAGGUGUGUUUACCUUAUCAUUUCAUCUCAGUUCUUUCAUUUAUUUGUUUCCACAUGAGAAAAAAACCUCAUGUUUCUGAGAUAAGUCAAGUAAUUUUAAAGUAUUGCUGAUUUAAAGCAACAUUUUUUUAUCUUUAGUAAUUAAUUAGUAAUAAAAGGUUUAAAACAGUAUAUUCAAACAGCAAAAAGUUAGAGACUGUUCUAAAUCGGGAAAUUUUAUGGAUAUCACAUUCAUCCCAUGCAGGUAAUAUCAUGAAUUAUAUGAAAGCUUGACACAUUGAAUAUUUUCAUUUGAAUGGAAAUUUCAGUAACAUUUUGCACUAUAAGCAAAUUUGCAUUACAUUUUUGUAAAAAGUACAAAAUGUAAAAUAUAUAUAUAUAUAUAUAUAUUGUGGUAGCUUUAGCACUGUAGGAUAUAUGUAUUUCUCUCUUCCUUAUUAGCUUUGGGAACUCUGUUUUUAGUGUUGAGAAUUAUUAGAAUUUAUAUUUUUGAAAGCUUAUUUGUUUAGUAUCCUAUGUUUAAAACAUUAAUUGAAAAUAUCUUCUUGAUGCCAUUAUGCAGCUUAUACAGUCAAAAGUCGU